CGUACUUUACUUACGCAUAUACUACAGCAACUUCGCACGCUCCCUUGCUCCUCUUUCAUUUCCUUCCCGAUUUGUCUUCCUAUUUCUGGACGCAGACUGCUGGACGCUACUCCAGCCAAACUCAGUUCCGCGCUCCGCAGCUUCGAUAUUUGUCCUGCUCUCGUGCUCAAGACGUAUUCUCUACCUUCACUCGGGUUGACAGGGGCAUCAUAUAUAACCUAGAAAAUGACCAAGAUUCUUCUCACAGGUGGCUCGGGCUUCAUUGCCGCCCAUAUCUUGGAGCAGCUGCUCGAAGCCGGCCACCAAGUUGUUACGACUGUACGGUCUGAAGAAAAGGCCCAGAAGAUUCGCGAUGCCCACAAGGACCUCGGCCGGGACGUUCUCGACGUCGUGAUCGUCCCAGACAUUGCUCGCGAGGAUGCCUUUGACGAAGUGGUCAAGACGCCCGGCCUGGAAGCCGUCUUGCACACUGCUUCGCCUUUCCAUUACAAGUGGACCGAUCCCCUCACCGAAGUCGUCAACCCGGCCGUCAUCGGCACGACAGGCAUCCUGAAAGCCCUGCACCGCUCAGCCCCAAGCGUGAAACGGGUGGUCAUCACCUCUUCCUUCGCCUCCAUCCUGGAUGAAACCCGCCUCGAAGAUCCCAGCGUAGUCUUCUCCGAACGGACCUGGAACCCGGUCACCAUAGACGACAUCCACCGCUCCAAGCCUACCGCCUACCGCGCCUCCAAGACGCUCGCCGAGCGCGCCGCUUGGGACUUCGUCGACUCCAGCAAGCCCUCUUUCGACCUCGUCACCAUCUGCCCGCCCCUGGUCCUCGGUCCCGUGAUCCACCACCUCGCCAGCCUCGACGCCAUCAACACCUCCAACGAGCGUGUCGUCGCCCUCGCCCGCGGCGACUGGAAAUCCAGCGUCCCCGAGACAGGGCCCCCUUUCCUCUGGAUCGAUGUCCGCGAUGUUGCCCUCGCCCAUCUGCGUGCCCUCGAGCGUCCCGAGGCUGGUGGUGGUCACCGCCUCUUCGCCACUGCUGGCCGCUUCUGCAACGCCGAGAUUGCCAAGGCUGCCCGCGAGAAUUUCCCCGAGCUGAAGGACCGCCUGCCAGGACCCGAGGUCACUGGCGGAGAGUAUCCCCCUGCGGACAAGCUGUUCAACUACGACAGUUCAGAGACCAAUGCCAUCUUGGGCAUUGACUGGAUUCCCUUGGAAAAAAGCAUUGUAGAUUUGAUCAAGGAUAUCAAAGCAUUUGGUAUCUAGAUGAGACGUGUGAAUGGGAUAUAGAUGAAUAUAUAUGAGUAAGAGAGUUGUGAUGU